UGACUCCAGGGGCUGGUCACUGCCGUACUUGACUAGAUUUCGGUAAAAAAUUUAGAAAAGCGCCAUCUGCAAUCCUCUUCCUAAAGUAUUUAAUAUCUUCAAGUGAUAAUAGAUGGCUCUUUAAUCAAAAAUUAACUUCCAUAAAAUAUCACUAAAAUUAUUGAAAUCUAAAAAUUAUUUUAUAUAUUAGUAUUACGUAGGAAAUCUAUCAAUUAUUUUUAUUAAAUCUGUACACUAUUUUAUAUACAUAAAUUAUUUUUCUAUAAUUAUUUUUUUGGUUGGCAAUAAACCGUGCCAACUGCCAAUGCUGAAGUUAGAAUUUGAAUUUUAAUGGCGAGUACAGUACAUACAAUUUGUGUGUUAAGUUUUCGUCCAUUUAAGUGUUUUCUGCUGUUGACUUGCGUUGAUUUGAGUUUUACUCAUCCGCUGUGUUUUCGGUGAAUUAGUGAGUGAGUUGAGCUGUGCUCCUCUGUUUCAUUGUUUCACAUAACUUGCGAAAAGACGCCAUUAGUGUUUAGUAUUAUUUGCGAUAAAGACGCCUUUUUUGUGAUAUUUGUGAAAUAGACACUGUUAUUGUGUUAUUAGCGAUUAGAGACGCUUGUUUGAGUGCAUAUAAUCAUGCCGAGGCGGUGCGAAUUGGGAUGUUCACACAACCCGGGUGUGACACAACAUCAAUUUCCACACCCAGAAAAGAAUCCUGAGUUAUUCAAAGCCUGGGUUAAUAUAGUUGGUGGAAAACUGGAGACUGCAGAUGAUAUCAAAUUUUACAGAAAGCGAGUCAUCUGUGACAUACAUUUUGCAGACAAGUUUAAGAAUCGCAACAACCGUUUAAAUAACAUAGCUGUUCCUACUCUCCAUCUUCAGGGUGCUCCAUCACAAGAUGCUCAUAUGCCUCCUGCAACUCCACAUAUACCAACUGAACUUCCUAUGCCUGAACAUAAUAUAUGGGAUCUGCCUUCUACAUCAAAGCAAAUAAUCACUGCUGCACCUCCCAAUGCGUGUGUUAUAGCAGCAGAACAUAAUUAUUGCAGUAAACAUGGUAUACAACAAAGACGGAAACUUAAAGGAGACAAAAAAAAACUGAAAUCAACUUCAUCGCUGGAGAAUGAAUUAAAGAUUUCAAGAUUCCAAAUGAAGAAUUUAAAAACCGAAAUUAUUCGGUUACGUAAACGGAGUAGUAGUUUGAAAGAAAGAUUAGCCAGCGUUGAUAAAAUUAGCAAUACAAAUUGUUUAAAAAAAAUAACGAGAAAUAUGACAACUGCAGCAAAAUAUUCACAAACAUGCAGUACACCCAAACUCACAAGAGAGCUCGUGGGCGGAGGUUUACUUUAAAGGAAAAAGUUUUGUCUCUCCAUGUACAAAAAGAGUCCCAAGAGUUAUACUCUUUUAUAUAAAUACUUUACAUUGCCCUCUAUAAAAUCAUUAAAAAGGCUUCUUGCGAAAAUUGAAAUAGAGUCGGGGCUAAAUAAGUUUUUAUUCAUAAAAAUGAGAAAGACUGUGAAGGAAUUAAGUCCAGAAGAUCGCCUCUGCUGUCUUAUUUUUGACGAGAUGUCAAUAUCGCCGCAGAUCCAUUACGACGGAUCUAAGGAUAAAUUAAAGGGAUUCGCUUGGCGUAGUAAAAAAAUUGCUGACCAUGUUUUAGUUUACAUGGUCAAAGGAUUAAAGAAAAAAUUUAAACAGCCUGUUGCAUACUUUUUUACAAAUUCUGUUAACAAAGCAGAAUUAAAAGCCUUGACUAUAAAAGUCAUUAAAUAUGUUCAGGGUACAGGGCUUAAUAUUUUGUGCACAGUGUGCGACCAAAGCACAGUAAAUGUCAGUGUAGUGAAUGAAAUUAUUGAAGAUAGUAGAAUAAAAUUCAUAAAAGAAAAUAAGGAAUGGAGACAUGAUGUAAUGGAAGUAGGGAAAUCUAAAAUUAUCCCAUUAUUUGAUGUCCCUCAUUUAUUGAAAGGGGUAAGAAACAAUUUACUUACGAAGGACUUAAAAUAUUUCGACUUCGAAGAAAAGGUUGAAAAGACGAUAAAAUGGGAAUAUUACCAGAAAAUUUAUGAAGCGGACAAAUUACAUGGUGAAUUAAAAAUAUGUCAGAAACUAACUGAUGAACAUAUUUAUGUGGAGAAAAUAAAAAAAAUGAAGGUCAAACACGCAACCCAAAUUUUUAGCCGCAGUGUUGCUACAGCUGCAGAACAUUUAUCUGCUAGGGGCGAUUUAUCUAAUGAGUGCCGCCAAGUAAUUACAUUUACCAAAAUGAUGGACAAUUUAUUUGAUUCCUUAAAUUCAAGCUCAUUUAAUAUGAUACAUGGAAAAAUGUAUAAAUGUGGUGUUAGAAACAAUUCUCCUCAUCAUGAAUUAUGGGAAAAUGCCAAAAAGGUAUUAAAAUCAAUAAAAUUUAUUAAAGUUAAAAAAGAAAAGGAAAAUAAAAUAAGAUUAAUUGAAACGAGUUCGGUACCUUCAAUAAAAAAUUUUAUACGUACUAUUGAGGGCAUGCAACAGUUGUGGAAAAUAUUAUCCCAAAAAUAUUUAUUUGAUACAAUGAUGACCAGAAACUUUAACCAGGACCCACUGGAAAAUUUUUUUGGGAACAUUAGAAGUUUUGGGGUGAGGAAUACGGCACCCAACACAAUUAGCUUUGAAGGUGCCUAUAAAUCACUUCUUUUAAAUAAUUAUAACUCACCCCAUUCACUUAACGCUAACUGUGAAAAUGAUGACAAUGAUUGUCUUCAGACAUUGAGUUUCUUUUUGGAAGACAAACUUUUAGAAAACACUUCUAAUGUUCCCAGUAAUGAGGUUCUACCAUUUCAGCAAGAAGAAAAUGACGAAAUUGAGGUGCCUUUUAUAAAUUUAAAUUCUGAGCCUGCUGAUGCUGGUCAGGCCAAUUAUGUAUGUGGGUGGGUGCUGGCUAAAUGUUUUAAAAAAGUUGCUAAAUCAUGCAGGCACUGCAAAACUGAACUAACUGGCGACAGUCAAUUAAAAUCAAAUAGUUAUAUAAGGGCAAAAGAAUAUACAAAAGGAAAACAUUGUCUGUUGUAUCCCAAUAUAGUGGCGGAAAA